AUGACCCGCCUCAGCACACGAAUCACCCGCCACUUCACCCGCGGCUCCAGCGCAUCAAGCCAGGAGAGCAAGGUGGCAAAAUACCGUAUCUCGAGACCGAUUAUGGUCGAGAGGGAGGACGAGGAUGUUUUUCCUCUCAUACCCGCGCGAGAACUGGUAUCAGUGACCGUGCCAGGGCGAGGGUCAGCGCCAGAUGCAGCGGCAGGGCCGCCACGGCCUACGCAGUGCGCACCUGCGAGUGCAGCAGGUGGCGAGAGCGACGGCGGUCGAGGACGGGACGCAGAACAGGUGGUGGGUGGAAGCACGGAGUGGGAUCGCGACUGGGAUGGGAGAAGAUGCAGUGACGACGACUGUGUGGAUAUCGAGGGGAUUAUGGACUUGUAUCUGUCUAUCGGUUCUUCUCCUUCUCCCUCUCCUUCUCUGUCCGCUUCUCAGUCCGCUUCUCUGUCCGCUUCUCAAUCUCCCUAUCCCUACCCGUACCAACAUACCCCCCGCGACGCAAAUUCGCAAUUCACGCACAUCCGCGUCGACAUGGGGAGCACGGCUUCGACGUGUACGGUUGGUUCUGCGCCGUCUACGACUUCGAUCUCGGCCAGAGUGCAGCGAUUCGAUGACAUGCCGCCGCCGGCGCCGUCGUAUGCCAAGUUGACUUUUGGGGCGGAGGCGUGCGGUGUUGGAUCGAGGGGGUUUGAGGCGCGGAGUGUGAGGAGGGUGGUGGGGGGUGCGAGGGGGUAUCAGGGCCUGUGA